UCUCACACUGUUCCAAUCUCUCUCUCUCUCUCUCUCUCUCUCUCCCUCCCUCUCCUGGGAGCCAGUGUUCCAGGCCUUUUUGUCUCGCUCUCCUGGUUAAGUGAGUAAAGAUGUGUGAUGAUGAAGAGACCACCGCACUGGUGUGCGAUAAUGGUUCAGGCCUAGUGAAGGCGGGCUUUGCUGGAGAUGACGCCCCCCGAGCUGUGUUCCCCUCCAUCGUGGGUCGCCCUCGCCACCAGGGGGUGAUGGUGGGUAUGGGUCAGAAAGACAGCUAUGUAGGAGACGAGGCUCAGAGCAAGAGAGGCAUCCUCACCCUCAAGUACCCCGUGGAGCACGGCAUCAUCACCAACUGGGACGAUAUGGAGAAGAUUUGGCACCACACCUUCUACAAUGAGCUGCGUGUGGCUCCAGAGGAACAUCCCGUCCUCCUGACUGAGGCUCCACUCAACCCCAAAGCCAACAGGGAGAAGAUGACGCAGAUCAUGUUUGAGACCUUCAACGUUCCUGCUAUGUACGUGGCCAUCCAGGCCGUGCUCUCCCUCUACGCGUCCGGCCGUACCACAGGUAUCGUGCUGGACGCUGGUGAUGGUGUGACCCAUAACGUGCCCGUUUAUGAAGGUUACGCUCUGCCCCAUGCCAUCAUGAGGCUGGACCUGGCUGGUAGAGACCUCACUGACUACCUCAUGAAGAUCCUGACUGAGAGAGGAUAUUCUUUCGUCACCACGGCGGAGAGAGAGAUUGUGCGGGACAUUAAGGAGAAGCUGUGUUACGUGGCUCUGGACUUUGAGAACGAAAUGGCCACAGCAGCGUCCUCUUCCUCAUUGGAGAAGUCCUAUGAGCUGCCCGAUGGACAGGUCAUCACCAUCGGCAAUGAGAGGUUCCGCUGCCCAGAGACUCUUUUCCAGCCCUCUUUCAUUGGUAUGGAGUCGGCUGGCAUUCAUGAGACCACCUAUAAUGGCAUUAUGAAGUGUGACAUUGACAUUCGUAAGGACCUGUACGCCAAUAACGUCCUCUCUGGCGGGACCACCAUGUACCCUGGUAUCGGUGACAGGAUGCAGAAAGAGAUCACAGCCCUGGCACCCAGCACCAUGAAGAUCAAGAUGAUUGCCCCUCCCGAGCGGAAGUACUCAGUGUGGAUUGGUGGCUCCAUCCUGGCCUCGCUCUCCACCUUCCAGCAGAUGUGGAUCAGCAAAGAUGAAUACGAGGAGGCUGGACCCUCUAUCGUUCACAGGAAGUGCUUCUGAAGACCCUGCCUUUUCACAGCCAUUGGACUUUGUUUCCUAUCUUUCCUCCAUGCCCUGCUGUGCCUCUCCCAGGAACGCACAAAGUGUUCUUUCAUGUUCGCUGGAAGUGCCGGUGUUCAAAUAUUCAUGGCCAGACCGCAGCAAAUCGCUCAAUAAAGAGUGUUUUGUGUAUUUCCAACCGCAA